AUGAGUGAACCAAUUUCUAUUAAAAUAACAUCUACAUUAGACAUGGCAGCUUUAUCACGUAUUUUUUGUGCUAUUACGUUAUCAUUAAGAGAUUUGUUUACUUCUUACUGUCAAACAUUACCUCAAGUUAUUGUGGAAAAACCCGUUGCCGUCAAGUUCUCUGAUGAGAAUGCUAAAGUUGUUGUGAAUCUGUCAUUUGCAAAUGAACCAUCGAUUUCAACUUCUAGGAGUAUUCCGAAAGUUACCCACCUACCCGAAAAUGCCUCUCAACUCCUUCGCUAUUAUGGUAAGAACAAACAUUACGAUAGCUGGCCGAGUCUCCAUGAAUUUUCAGAAUAUCUGCAUGAUGUAAAAAAAGUUCGCGUCCAUAAUUCGUUUAAGAAAGAGAUUGAGACUUUGAUGGGAUUAUUUUCAAAAGAUCACCCCGCACAACUACGUCUAGCACAGUUGGAGAAUCAACUUAAGGCUAGCUGUAUGCUUAGUUAUUGGGUUGAUCCUCAUUUAUAUACUAGUUCGUAUUUUGUUAACCCUAGAGGGAUUUUCGUGUCCGAUUUAGUCAAACGUCGUUCCAAAAAAUCGUUCAAGAAAAAGAUACAAAUGAAUUUUAAGUCAAUAUUCGAUGAAGAAGUUGAAAACCUGUUAGAAAACAUUUCAAGAUUUGGAAUGUUAACAUCCGUGUUCUCUUGGUGCAAGGCGUGUCCUUGUGAGGCGAGAUGUUUUCUCGUGAGAAGAGGUGCUUCCUCAUCUCCAAAAACGCAACAGGCACCACGAAAUAUGAAAAAGAUCCAUAGAAGAAAAGUAGCCCAAUUAACCGACUUUCUUACCAAGAAGGACUUCGUAAAGGAGGAAUUAGAAAUCGCGCAGGAUGCUUUAAUUCUUGGAGGCUAUCGCCGAAUCGAUCACCAUUACAAUGACUUUCAUGAAGCAAGUAGACAACUG